UAAAAAAAAAAGCACUUACAGCUGGCAGAUCCAUAUCUUCAUUUCUUUUUUCAUAAGCCAUCCCAACCAUAAGCAACUAAUGCACUAUAUACAAACUUUCCCCCCAUCACUCUCCCAUUUUCUUGUACUGCACUAUAUAAGAAACUAAGUCAUUAUUACCCCAAAUGCCGUAAAUCUGAAUCCCUUCCCUUAAUCUCAGCCUCACCUCCUCUCUCUCCUCCCUCUUCUAGGGUUUCCUUAAUAGCCAAAAUUCCAUUUAACUCCAACUCAGAACCCCCCACCCCCCUUUUUUAUUUUAUUACCCUAUUUAUAUCCUUAAACCACCCAACCAUUUCUCACCUUCGCUUCCAAAAAGAAUCCUUUCCUUCUCCCUCUCUCGCUCUGUAAUGUUUCCUCAGUGGCUAAGAUCACCAAUCAGGGGAAACUUCACGCCCAAAUCACCCUCCCAUUUCUCUUUCUCCUCAUUCAAAGACAUUAACGAUAUUCUCAAAGAGGAAGAAGACUCCGGUUUCUACCCCCAGUCCCCCAAACGACCCUCCAUUUUCCACCGCGUCAAGCUCUCCACCUCAGUCCUCCGCGCCUGGGCCAACCACCGUCAUGCUCCCCCUUCUUACCAACAGUCCAUGGCCGCACCCCCCGAUGCCGACCAGCGCGUCGUCGUUUACCUCACCAGCCUCCGCGUAGUCCGCAAGACCUUCGAGGACUGCAGGGUCGUCAGAUCGAUCCUCCGAGGGCUCCGGGUCCCGAUCGACGAACGGGAUUUGUCGUUGGAUUCCAAUUUCUUAGACGAGCUGCAGGGGAUAUUCGGGCGUAAGAAUGUUACCCUGCCGUCGGUUUUCGUUGGUGGGAAGUACGUUGGCGGGGCCGAGGAAAUCAAACAGUUACAUGAGUGUGGAGAACUGAAGAAGCUGAUGGGUGGGUUACCUUUGGUGGUGGGGUCCAGCGCCUGUGAUUUAUGUGAAGGGCUGAGAUUUGUCCUCUGUCGUCAAUGCAAUGGUAGCCAUAAGAACCAUUCUGAAAAAUCCGGGUUCCGGAGUUGCACCGCUUGCAACGUUAAUGGUCUCAUUAGGUGCCCGUCUUGCAGCCCCGGUCAACGUCGACUCACCUGCUCCUUUUCCUAGCUUAGGAAAACAAAAAAGCACAGUAAUAAAACAAAGAAAAAAUAGUCAGUUUUAUGUUAUUUAUUUAGAUAGCAAUUUUUAUUUCACUGCUAUAAUUUGGGAUUUGUGUAAAUGAUUUGUUAAUAUUCUUAUUAUCCCAAACAAGCAAGCGCAAACUUUUGUUUUUUUUUUUUAA